AAUCUUGGCGGUGUUGUUUUGUACACGGCUCAGUUUAGCACUGUGGUCCAUCCCUUCUGCAAAGUAUAUUGUACCGUGAAAUCGUACAUAAUGUCUUUUGCGAAGGGUAAACGAUUCAACGAGGUUAAAGGUUGUGCUCCUCCAGUUGGUGCCUAUGACCCUAAAGAGGUUGAUAAGAAAAAGGGAGCAGUGAUCUUAAAAUCAACAACAGAAAGAUUCAAAGAGCCAAAGGUGAUAACCCCUGGUCCUGGAGCGUUUGACCUAUCGUCCAUUACACCUGGUAAAAAGAGUCUGAACGACACCCGCUGCAAACUCAACUCAACAUGUCUGGGCAAUCUAGUCUCGUCAGCAUCAAAGCGAUUGCUGAGCCAGUCCUCCUCAAUAUCCUCGUCUGUCGAGAGCCUGUCGUCUAAAGGAAAGGACAAGAGUGACACAAACGGAGGUUUGUGUGCACGGUGUAAACUGUUUUCUGAACAAGACUCAAAGGACUGGGCUCAGUCUCUCAAGAAAUGCAAAGAGGCCCUACAAGCCCAAAAGUUUCGACUGCAGGAAAAACUACGAGAGCUGGAACUGGAUUCUUGGAAAAAGGAUGACUCGAUCAGGUUUCUGAAAGGUGAGGUGUCUGCAACCAACGACCACAUGUUACAAGGAGAACAGGCGUUGUUUGAGGCCAAUGCAGAGAUUGCAGAGUACAAGGAGAAGCUGGAACAACUGGAGGAACAAGAAAAGACUGUUAACGAGAACAUCCGUCUGUUGUCUGAGAAGUAUGAGGUGAUAGAAAUGCAGCUCGCUGAGGAGCAAAGUCAUGGGAAGGAACGUCAAGUAGAGCUUCAGUCACGCCUGGAAGUUACACGCAGCAACUUGCAGGAGGUAGAGGAAGAUUGUGUUGAUCUUCAGCGAAGGAACAGUGACCUUCUGCGCAGCCUUCACAGUGAAAAGGAUGAGGUGGAAAAGCUUAUCUACCAGAUGGAUGAACAGAAGAAAUUGUCUUCAGACCUUGGCAGUCUUCUGGACAGCAAGGAGGAGAUCAUCACAGACUUAGAAAUACACCUCGAGGCCACCAAAAUAGAACUGCAAAACACAAAAGAUGUGGCUGAGAAAAACACUACCGAUCUACAAAGCCUUCGCGAAAAAAUCGCAGAGCUGGAGUCCACAGAGAAGUCACUGGAAAACCAACUGCAGGAGGAUUGCAUGACCAAUAAUCAGAUUGCUCGGUCCCAUGCUGACAGAAUCAUGGAGCUGGAGCAGGCAGAGCUAGUCCUAAAGGAAGAGGCACAACAAAAGGAUGAAAGCUUCCAUUCUGCUGUGAAGAGGUGUGAGAGUCUGGAAGAACAGGUGGAAAGGCUUACUAUACAGGUUAACAGUAUAAAGGAGGAGUUUGAGUGUACUGUGAGUGAGGUGAAGCGUACCAAAGAGAAGGAACUACAGGAUCUAAUGGAGACCGUAGACAGGGUGAGAGAAGAAAAGAACGGACUGGAGAGGCGUGUCGCUGAACAGGCUGAUGAAAUCUCGGCCCGAGAUGAUAAAGUCUUACUUCUGUCUAAAGAAAAGGAAUGUGUGGAAACAAAGAUGGCUGCCAAUGAGGUAGACCACCAAAGGAUUAUCAAGGGACAGAUAGAAGGGAUUGAGAACAUGAAUAUGAAAAUAGAGACUCUCUGUCAGGAAAAGUUGGAGCUAUUACGUCAGCUGGAACAGGUCGCCCUCGAUAGAGAUACAGUCGCACAACAGCUCCAGGAGACUAAAGAGAGUGUUGCCGUCACUGCUGCCCAGAAGGAGGCUGAAUGGUCACAUGACCUGCAACGUCUUACCAGUGACCUCAAGGCAAUCACAGAGGAAAAAGAAAUACUGGAUCAAAAGUUAUCCCAGGCGACAGCUCAGCGGACAGGGCUGAGCGAAUACGUUGAUGAGAUCAAGGCCGAGUUGGAAUCACAAAAACGAACCGUCGAGGAGGUCACACAAAAGUUGUCGGACAAUGUUGUUGAACUUACUGAGAGUAGAGACAGCCUUCAGCAACACCUUCACAUAGAGCAGACCAACUGUAAAAGUCUUCAGAGUGAGAACAACAGUCUGAUGAGCGAGAUCGACUACCUGCAGAAGUCAUCGAAACAGCUGAAAUGUGACGUAACAGAGGAGGGGAAACAGCAUCAAAAACAGGUGGAAGGAUUGAGUCGGGAGAAACAAAGAUUGGAGAGUCAGAUAGCAGAUAUUGAGAGACAACAUUCUUCUCUGAGGGAAGAGUUCACCUCCAGCGUAACGGAACGAUCAUCAGCUUUGGAAAAAGUGACCGAAUUAACUGACCAAGUUGCCAAACUGACCGACGACCUGACUGUCAGUCAAUCUGCGAGAGACAGUUUGAUGGAAAAUGUUACAGUACUAGGGGAAAAGAUAAUUGACUUAGAGGAGGAGAUUGACUCUGCAAAAUCAGUGAAUGUCUUUCUCAGUAAUCAGGUGACAGGAUUGACUGAACAGGUGACCGAAAUGGAAAACAAUCUAGAAUCAAGUGAAGCUAAAAACCAGCAGUUCGUCAGUCAAGUCGUGGAAUUAAAUAUACAAUUACUCGACAUGAGAGGGCAGUUGGAUUGUAGUGGAGAGCACAACGAUAGCCUGACCCGUCAGGUCUCGGGACUGAAGGUCCAGGUAGCUACAUUGGAAGAAGAUUUGAAAUCGAGUCAGGCUUUGCUCCAAGUCAAUACACAGGAAAAGUCAGUGAUUCGCGAGGAACUAACAUCUGUGCGAGCAGAAAAAGAAGCUCUGUCAGAUCAAAUUUCUGGACUUGCAAGCAGUUUGUCGACAGUUGAGCAUGAGAAGAAGUCAUUUUGCAAGCAGGCUGAUUCAUUAGCGGACAAACUGAUGCAUCUACAGUCAGAAUAUGAUACACAGAGUGAAACUGUGACUGCCCUUGAAGGACAAUUAUCACAUAGUCACGCCAGCUCAAAGGCUGUCUCUGAUAAAGUGUUAGUUCUGGAGGAAAAUUUGAAAUCUAGUGAAGUCGAAAUCAAGGCAAAGGUGGAAGAAGCCACUCACCUUAAAAGUUACCUGUCACACUUAGAGACUGAGGACAAGAAAAACAAGGAGUGCAUUGUCGCCUUACAGGAGCAGCUUGGCGAGGGAGCCAACAAAGAGGAGCUUGAUCAGGCCCUUAAGGAGCUAGAAAAGUGGAGGAAACUGUAUGAGGAUCUUCAGGCUAAGGUAGAGCCAUUCAUGGAGCAGUUGGAUGCAUUUGAGUUGGAGAAACAAGCUCUAACAGGUCGAAGUAAGAAUGCUCAGGCCGAGGUGGAUAAGCUGAGUAAGGAGUACGCCAAGCUGCUGGGCCACCAGAACCAAAAACAGAAAAUACACCACAUCAUCAAAAUCAAAGAGGAGAACAACACACUAAAGAAGGAAGUGUCUGCUCUACGUGAACAGUGCAACAAACACAAAAGAACUAUAGGCAAAAUGGAGGACAAGGUUCGGGUCGUCGAGGGCAAGAAAAGAUUUGAUUCUUCCAUGGCAUUCUCUCGCUCUAAGGAAAAUCUGGUUCCACCUUCUUCUCCACUCCGUGACGGCAACAGACACUGAUUGUUUGCGAGUUUGGAGAUUCAUUGGCAGCUGAUAUGCAUUUUCAACAGGAGCUUUCUCAGACAGCUAGAUUACAAUUUUAAUAUACCUUUAUCAUAAUGUGUUUUAUGAUUUCCUAAUCUAAUUGUUUACACUAUAUACUAUCCAGUUAAGACAAAGGAUACAACUGCAUUGUUUUAUAUUUGCAAAUAGUUUUUCUGACUUUGAGUACUCUCCCCUCUGUAUUGUAGACAAAGCAGCCAAAAUGAGUUUUGCUGGCUCCGAGUUACUUCCCUUGUAAAGUUCUCGUAUCUUCUGCGGUCUAUAAAUUAGACACUUAUUUUGAUGGUGUGUUUUUAUGAUUCCUGUAUGGCAAGAUUGGUAAAGUGUUCGCUUUGCGAUGUAAAGGUCCCAAGUUUGACUCCUGUAAUUUUGUAUCUUUUCUUUUUCAUAUCAAUUUUCAAACUUUCAAAAUUUUGAACAACCAUAUUUCUGUAAAAAGCAAUUUUUCCGGAACAUUUCUUUUGAAAAAGAACUUAAACCUUACCCCUACUCUUCUUCUAGAUGUACGGCCAUGUAAGGCUAAGCCAAAACAUUUCUACCUUAAAUAUAUCAGGCUGAGUCAAUUGCCAAAACUUGAAGAAAAUGUUGGAUCUUUUUUUUAAAGGCAAAUGUGGAAAAGUUUGGAAUUGUAAGACAUUGAUGAAUAUGAAAAGAAUGUAUAAAUGUUUUAUUACUUUAUCAAGUGAAAUAUAUUUAUAAUGCUAUCUUCUAUAUGUGGAAGAUUAAUGAAACUAUUCAAUGUAUUUGUUUUAAAUUUAUACCAAUUUGUCUGUUUCACAUUUAAUUCUGUACGUAAUAACCUUAAUACAUAUCAAUAAUACAUUGUAUGGUACAAUGUUGACUGAAACUUGACCAGAACACACAUGUUUUUAUUUGGUUAUUUUGUAAUUAAAAAUAUUUUAAAAAAUAAUGAUGUAUUUUUAAAGUUACAGUUUUGCUUCAGCUUAUAUUCAGGGAUGUAAGAAUGGCUAUUUUAUGGGUGAACUUAGUGUCCUUGAUAGUGUGUGGGAAUGGGAGUCUUGUUAGUUUAAGUUUCAUUUAAAAAAAAUCCAUAUUUUCAAAAGGGUUAUUACUAACAAUUGCUACUAAUUCUCCUUCGUAAAACCCUUAUAGAUAAAUGUAUGUGAUCCUAGGGUGAGAGAAAGAAAUUUGUUGUGUUUUUACUUCCGUUUGACUCCAAAAUUUACGGUAGGUGGGAAAGCAAAUUUUGUUAAAAAUAUAUUUACAGUGAUUGUGUAAAGCCUACAGUUCAGACUUGAAUAGUGCUUGAAUAGUCCCAUUUAAGAACUUUUUAACUUGCAGCUUCAGUAUCUUAUUGAUAUCGAAAUAUGUGUAGACUCUGUAUCACAAUACUUUUCAAAAGCUUAUUUUGAUGUAUCUGUUUAAGAAAAGGUGAUUAGCUAUGCAGAAAACUAUAGCCUAAUAGCUAUGUGCAAAAAAACAAUUGAAUAAGUUAUUAUUUGUGGUGGGAAUCAGUUGAAAUUUCAUAACCAGUGAUAUCAGAGAAGUUCAAUGAAAUUUUAAAAUUUCUAUAAUUCAUAUUAUAUUCUAUGAUCAGUCUGACAAAUAAUCAUUUGUAAUUAAGAUAUAAAACUAAAAAGUUGAAUUAUACGAUUUCAUUGAGAAUUUGCAUUGAAGUUUCAGAAAUCACAGAAAAUGAUAUUAAAUAAUGACAUUGGGAUAGUAGGAAUAAUUUAAUUUGGUUGCUAGGAAACGCAAACCGCCUGAUACAUCGAGUAUGUUCCAGGACUUCGAAUGAAUAUCCCGAUACAUUAUGUACCAGUUACAUUUCAUGGAAUUGAGUGAAUAUUUUGCUGAGAGGUAUAUGCAAAGUUUGUACUUAAUUAACUCAUUCACCCCUGAAAUUCCAUAAUGAACUAUUCCAGCCUUUGAAUUGGAAGAGUUCAAAUGUGUCUUCAGGGAUGAAUGACUUAAAAAUGAAAAUUAUUUAUCUCAUGAGUACAAAUUGUUAAUUACUUUUUCCAAAUAUCAAGGUGCGAACAGAUACUUUCCAGGUUAAUAUGUAUAACUUCUUAUCUAGCAUUGCUAGAAUACCUGCUCAAAUGUUUGUAAUUAGAGUAGUGUACAGACUUGUAAAGCAAUUUGCAAUUUGUAAUGUCACAGAUGUCCAAUAUCGGGACAAAGAAAUCUACUUCACUCCAUUUAUGAAUUUCUGUACUUUUUAUUAUUAAAACUAUUGAUAAUGUUUUCAUUCUUUUCAUAGCCCAUCUUUACUUAUGCAUGCUGUUGUGUUUCCAAGUGAUUAUCAACCCUUUCACCCCUAUGUACCUUUAGUAGACUAUACCAUGCAUUGAUAUGGUUGAGUCCAUUAUGGUCUACAGUGGUGAAAGGGUUAAGUAGUCGUAAUUAUGCAAAAAUCAUGUAAUCAGUCUCCGAGAUCGGUGAUAAGUGAAUUGAAAACCUGUGCUGUUUUUUUCCUGAGUGGUUUAACCAUUUCACCCCUUAUGUAACUUUAGUAGACUCUACCAUGCAUUGAUCUGGAUGAGUCCAUUAUGGUCUACAGUGGUGAAAGGUUUAAGAGAGAUGGGCCAGUACUUGAAAAUUUGAAAAACCUUUGCCUUUCUUUUCUAAUCUUCGUAAGAAAAAGGGAGCAUAUGAUGGGAACCUAUACUUGUCCUUAUUGUGUGAAUGCAGAGUAAUGAUGAUUUGACAAAUGAGCAUGAAUAAAUAACAUUUGGAUGAAAAUUUGUCUAUAUUACAUUCAUUUAAAUGAUAAAUAACUAGACAUAUAUGACAACUUAACUUUGUGAAUGGAAAAUGUUGGUGUGUAUUUUGCAUGGAUUUUUUAUGGUUUUGAGGAGAAUUGUAUACCUUGAGAUAUCAAUUUUGUACUGAAAUGGUCAGUGUCGUUUGUAAAAAUAUUGAUUCAGUUGGUACCCAGUGGUUGUUCUUAGAAGGUAGGUAGUCCCAGUGGUCUGUGUUAUAUCUCCAAUGAUGAAGAGUUCCAAUUGUGAUUCCACUUCAGCAAAAGAGUUCAUGUACUAAAGAAGUAAAUAUGUUAUAAUUUCCUUUUUAAUAAAAAAUAAACCCACCACGACUCCAAUAUGGGGGUUUAAUUUCUGGACCUAUUGGUUAUAAAACAGUAAUUCACCCAAGUAUUGCUUAUACAUAUAAUACGCCUUUUUGAGUUGGUCGUUUAUGAAGUAUGAUGUUUAUUUUCUGAAAAACAUUCAAGGCCUGUAUUAAAAAUGUGCAGGUCUGUCACGAAUUACUCCUGAAAUAUUACUUGUAAAAGAUAGACAAACCAGUUGGUUCACAUAAACAAACACGCCCUUAUUAUGUAGGUAAAUACAUUUAACCAAUAUUUCUGGGAAUAAUUUCAAAAUCUUUCAACUCCCUAAAAAGUUGUCAACCCACAACUGUUUUGUAUAAAUGAAUGAAGAGGAAUUAACAGGAACUUUCAAGGUUUUUAUACAAAAGAAAACUGGUAAAACUUUGUUCCUUAAUACUUGUAUGUAACUGGAUUAUUUUCAGUUCCUUUAAUAUGCUCAUACACGUAUUGGUAAAUAAAUUUGUGUGUAAUAACAAUUCAAGUUUCCUUAAACUAAGAUGUAUGUAUGAUUUUUUUUCUCUAAUAUAUACAUACUUUUUCCACAACUCAAAAUAUCUUUACUUCAUCAGAGCACAUCAAAACUCACUAGUCUCAUAUAUGUAUACAUACUUUUUUCCACAACUCAAAAUAUCUUUACUUCAUCAGAGCACAUCAAAACUCACUAGUGCAUACUCAACUGAUUUUACAUUUUCAGAAAAAUCCUUUCAGAACUCUUUCUAUUUUUGUAAUCCAUCAUUGUCCAUUUCUAAACUAUAUCUUCUAUAAUCCAAGGGUGGUGCUCUCUUACCUCCUCUCCACCUCUGAAAUAUGCCAUGACGAAAUCAAAGGCUCUGUAUGGACUAGUUUGAUCCUCUGAUGUAAAAAGAAAAAAAGUCAGGAGGCAGGGCAGUCUCGUGGUAAAACUGGCUUGCUUUCACGUUUUCAGUCAGGUGUUGCUCCUUUGUAAUCUUGGAAAGACUAAACAGCUGUAUGAUGCUGUGUAAGUGAUUUUUGGCAUACUGUGUCUUAUUACCAAAUUUUAAAGGUACAGUCACCUGUGUGUGUUCAUCUUUCAAAUGACAGGUACCAGCUUAGCAAUUGAUCAGAAUUGUUUUAUAACCAAAUCAAAUCAAAUAGCUAAUUGUAUGCCGGACUUUGUGCCCGACUUUGAUUUUGACAUAUCCCUGGGGUGCAGAGGCGUAGGAAAACGUAACCCCGUUGAAUUUUGUGGAUGUUUAGUGUGUAGCCGAUGUAUAUGCUGUUGCAAUUAUUGAAUGGUAUUUAUUGAUAUUUGUUAUUUCUUGUACUAUUAUUGAAUUGUCAUACUGUCGCCCAUCCUGGAUAUCCAGGAUGUUUGUCACCUGGAAAAGCUUGACAACCUUGAAUGGCAUUUCACUAUCGUUUUACACAAUACAUUAUGUCUAUGAUGUAGUUUUUACAUUGCCAAUUAAAUACAUGUUUUCUUUAAAAAAAAAAUU